GUUGCUGCUGGAGAAGUGGCGGGAGCGGCAGCUAUGGAAUCGAAGGAAGAGAAAGAGGCGCAGGUUGCUGCAUGGUUGAAAAGGAUAUUUGGAGAUAAUCCCAUUCCACAGUAUGAGGUGAAUCCACGGACCACAGAGAUUUUACAUCACCUUGCAGAACGCAACAGGGUCAGGGACAGGGAUGUCCACCUGGUAAUAGAGGACUGGAAACAGAAAGCAAGUGAAUAUGAAUCAGAAGCCAAGCAUCUUCAAGACUUUCUCAUGGAGAGUGUGAAUUUUUCCCCUGCCAACCUCUCUAACACUGCCUCGAGGUAUCUGAAUGCUUUGGUUGACAGUGCAGUGGCCCUUGAAACGAAGGACACCUCACUGGCUAGUUUUCUCCCUGCAGUGAAUGAUCUGACCUCUGAUCUUUUUCGUACCAAAUCCAAAAAUGAAGAAAUCAAGCUUGAACUGACAAAAGUUGAAAAAAAUCUAACUGCAAGUUUAGUAUUAGAAAAACGUCUACGAGAGGAUCUCAAGAAGGCAGAGCUUCACCUGUCUACGGAAAGGGCCAAGGCUGACCAUCGUCUCCAGAACAUGGACUUCCUAAAAGCGAAGUCAGAGGAGUUCAGAGUUGGAAUCAGAGCCACCGAGGAGAAACUUUUAGCCAGAGGCAUGGAUGCUUCUUUGUCUCAUCGGUCACUGGUAGCACUUUCAGAGAAAUUAGCGGAACUAAAAGAACAGACUAUACCUUUGAAGAAAAAACUGGAAUCCUAUUUAGAUUUAAUGCCGAAUCCAUCUCUUGCUCAGGUGAAAAUUGAAGAAGCAAAGCGAGAAUUAGACACCAUUGAAGCUGAACUUACAAAGAAAGUAGACAUGAUGGAACUGUGAACAGAGCCAAGUAAACUUCAUCUUCUCUAACACAGUUAAUUAAACAGGACUUUAAAGAA